CAUAAGCACAGGCAGACGAGAGUUCUUCAGACGAGAGGUUCUCAGUAGCAGGUGGACCUAUCAUCCGGACCAGACGUGUUCGAGCCUGAGCGAUGAAGGUGGAAGUGGCCAGCAAGCGCAAGAACAUCCUGGGCGAGGGACCACACUGGGACGAGCGUAGCGGCACCCUGCUGUACGACGAUGCCCGUGGCCCAGAGGUGGUCCGCUACGACCCGCAGACCAGGACCGAGACCGAGAUCCUCAAGCUAGACUACGAGAUCGGCAACCUGAUCCCGUACGCCGAGGACAACCGGAAGCUGAUGGUGUGCAUGGGCAAUGGUGUCUACAAGGUGGACCUGGACACCAAGAAGACGACGCUGCUGAUCGAGAUGCUGGACAAGGAAUCCUCCGUCCCUACACGCAUCAACGACGGCAAGUGCGACGCCUUGGGUCGACUGUGGGCAGGUUCGAUGCCUAUAAAUGUCGACCUCGAGGGCAUGGUCCAAGGCAAGAACAACUUCUGGUCUUACUCCAAGGGGCAGCUGAAGCACAAGCUGGACAAGAUAUCCCUCUCCAACGGAAUCACGUGGACGGCCGACAACAAGACCAUGUUCUACAACGACUCCGUGCCCGGAAAGCUGUUCGCUUUCGACUUCGACCUCGCCAACGGAGAAAUAAGUAACCGGCGCGUGCUGGCCGAGUUCCGGGUGACUCCAGGCUACGAGCAGUUGGGCUACCCUGACGGCAUGACCAUCGACGUCAACGACAAACUGUGGAUUGCUUGCUUCUCAGCCGGCGCUGUGGUGCAGGUCGACCCUGAGACCGCUAAAGUCCUCACCAAGAUAAACUUUCCUGCCAAGUACACUACGUCAUGCUGCUUCGGAGGCAAGAACUACGACACGCUCUACGUCACUUCCGCCAGUUUCCCGCCUGACGCCACAAACCCAGAAGACGGGCUGCUUUAUCAAGUGACCGAGCUCGGGGUGAAAGGAAAAGCCGCGUUUGAAUUCGCCGGCUACCGAAAAUCAAGAGCUCUGACGAAGCCUGGAUUAGGCGAUGACGGUUCACAAGGCGAGAUGGCUGAACGAAGGGGCGCGGGUGAACAGCGCAAAGGCUUGGUAAUCAAGCAACGCAUUGUGAAGGCGUCGCGAAUGCCGCCGAUGCCAGAAGAGCACAUCAAGAUAGUCAUUCGCCCACGGGGUGGAUUGAAUUUGGAGAAAGUUAGCCCCACAACGGUGGGCAGGGCUAUCGUCGAGGCGGCAGGCCUCACUACUGAGCAGACUACAGACGAUGUUAUCUGCCCCAACUUUAUGCAAAACAUCUUGGUGGCUAGUAAGCCAGAAAGGAACAACGCUGAACGAUAUGUGAGAAUCAGGUCAAUCAGAGUGGCGGACAAGGAUUUUGAAGUCAGUGCGUACGAGACGGCCCCACACACGACGUGUAAAGGGGUCAUUCGCAAUGUGGACAUUAUGGAUGGCCCUGCGACCCUUGAGCGGAACAUCGUGAAUGAUCGCAAUCCACUGGCUAUGGCGGUCAAAAGAAUCAAGAAUACAGGCUCAGUCAUCAUUGUCUUCGACGGCUUAAGAGUGCCCAAUUUUGUUAGGUAUGGGCCAACCUUGGUCCGGUGUUACUUGUAUCGAAAGCAAGUGGACAUAUGUUAUGUGUGUGGCAAGCUUGGACAUCGGGCGGAUGUCUGUCCGGCGCCCGAUUGUCUUGAAUGCCGAGGAUGUGGGGCUCGGAACCCUGAAGAGGACCAUAACUGUGAGCCUUGUUGCAAACUUUGUGGCGGCCGACACCUGACGGCGGAUAAACAAUGCAGGCAACGGUACCAGGUUCCCUACGUCGUGCGUGUUCGACGACAGGAGAGAGCCAGGGCGGAGCUAGCAGCGGAACAAGAAGCAGCCGAAGCGGCGCAGCUGGCGAGCGUCCCCCAACGCUCUAGGGGAUGCUCGCGCUCUCGGAGCCGGUCAAAGUCGAGGCGGCAGUCAUCGUCUGGGACUCCAGCCCCCAGGAGCCGCUCUGUGUCUAUUGGUGGAGGCGGCGGUGCAGCUGGAGGCCGGGCCACCUGGGCUGACAAGGUCAAGGGCAGCAUCAACACCGGCCGAACGCGUGAGCAGAGCCAGGAGCAUGUGUCUGGUAAUAGGGAUAAAGACAGGAUUGCGCAAUUGGAGAAAGAAAAUCGUAGCUUAAAAGCAGCCAUUGAAGGGCUUGUAAAAGAGAUAGCUGAACUUAAGAGAAGCUUACAGUCCGCUAACAGCGGUAGCUCAGGUCAGGGUAGCAAAUCUGAUGGCCCGGUUGAGGUACCAAGGUCUGUGGAGGUUGCUAAAGAGAACAUGGCUGACGAGGAGACGCCAGCUCCGAAAAAGAGGGCCCUCUCCUCGACUGUGCGGGUUCAGGCCAAGGUGGAAGUGGCCAGCAAGCGCAAGAACAUCCUGGGCGAGGGACCGCACUGGGACGAGCGUAGCGGCACCCUGCUGUACGACGAUUUGCGUGGCCCAGAGGUGGUCCGCUACGACCCGCAGACCAGGACCGAAACCGUUAUCCUCAAGCUAGACGACGAGAUCGGCAACAUGAUCCCGUAUGCCGAGGACAACCGGAAGCUGGUGGUGUGCAUGGGCAGCGGCGUCUACAAGGUGGACCUGGACACCAAGAAGAAGACGCUGCUGACCGAGAUGCUGGACAAGGAGUCUCCCGUCCCUUCACGCAUCAACGACGGCAAGUGCGACGCCUUGGGUCGACUGUGGGCAGGUUCGAUGCCUAUAGAGAUCGACCUCGAGGGCAUGAUCCAAGGCAAGAACAACUUCUGGUCUUACUCCAAGGGGCAGCUGAAGCACAAGCUGGACAAGAUAUCUAUCUCAAACGGAAUCACGUGGACGGCCGACAACAAGACCAUGUUCCACAACGACUCCAUGCCCGGAAAGCUGUUCGCUUUCGACUUCGACCUCGCCAACGGAGAAAUAAGUAAUCGGCGCGUGCUGGCCGAGUUCCGUGUGACUCCCGGCUACGAGCAGCUGGGCUACCCUGACGGCAUGACCAUCGACGUCAACGACAAACUCUGGAUUGCCUGUUUCUCGGCCGGCGCUGUGGUGCAGGUCGACCCAGAGACCGCUAAAGUCCUCACCAAGAUCAACUUUCCGGCCAAGUACACUACGUCAUGCUGCUUCGGGGGCAAGAACUACGACACGCUCUACGUCACUUCCGCCACUUACCCGCCUGACGCCACAAGACCCGAAGACGGGCUGCUCUUUCAAGUCACCGAGCUCGGAGUGAAAGGAAAAGCGGCGUUUGAAUUCGCCGGCUAGCCUCCAAUGCGGCGGGAAAACAAGUUUAA